ACUUUGGACUCCAAGGACACUUAGGAACUCCGCAAUCCAUAGGGGAGAGAAAGACUGACUCCGGCAAUGGUAGCGUGCUUGGUCUGCGCUCCUCGCUAAGGAAAGGGAGGAGCGGAGGAGCUGCUGGGAGAUAUUGGGAGCACGCUAGAUGCGUGCGGUGAGACUGGCAUUUUGCUCCUCUGCUGGCACAUCUUCGAUAAUCUUCCCUCUCUCUUCUUCCCUCCCUCUUCUUCCCUCCCUCCCUCUUCUUUUCCCUCCCUCUCCUUCCCUCCCUCUCCUUUGCUCCCGAUUCUUUUCCCUCCCAUCUCCUUCCCUCCCUCUUCCUUGCACCCUGCCUGCGGGAAAAUGGCUGCAAAGACGCUCGCGCCCUCGUUUUUCAGGGGGCUGCAGGAUGAACUCAAGACAUCAGACGAAGUCCACAAGGGCGGAGAUCGAGAGAUGCGACAUACUGUAGGGGUCGGUUCGCAUAAUUGCCCUGCACCCAAUUCGUAUAAGGCCACAACCCAGGUCUGGUCAGUCCUCAUCAGGGGCAUCAUCGGCCUACCAAUUGGUGCAUUGGUCAUUGGUGUCACAGCCAUUCUAUUUGGGGCUCCGGUGUCCAUCGACUCUCUGUGGAAGACAGCCACCUGGAGUAUCUUCAUGUUGACGCUCAUAGCCUUUGGGAGCGGUGGAGAUUUUGCUGUGUAUUCCUGCUCAUGGUGCUGCAAUCGGGGCAUGGAUUGGAGCAUGGCCAAUGCCCUUAGACUGGGCCCAACCUUGGCAGGAAUGGCCAAUUUGCUGCACAUACGGCUCAGUUGCGGGUUAUCUGGUUGGACUGCUGCUUUCGUUAGGUUUCCUGAGCAGUUCUGGCACCUGAAGAGGCUGUGAUUCAAACGACGUGAAUUCGACAGGCGUUGUCCGCGAUUCAGCAGCUGGCAUGGCCGUUCAUUUUAGUUUCCCCCCUUUGUUUGUUCAAUCUGCUAUUCAUUUUAUGAAAUUUAUUCAUUUUUUUUUCAGUUUAUGCAGCCCCUAUUCAUGAACUGAAAUGAUAGAAGCAGCAAGCCCAAAUUUUGUUUGAACUUUGAAAGCUCAAUGGUUGCGAGCAGUUGGUUGUGAUGAGGAGGGUAAUUACUAAUUAGUAAUUAUAGUAGCAAAACUAUAGA